AAUCUUAUAUACUUGUAUUUAUAUAUAUUUUGUUAUUAAGUUAUCUUAAUUGGUUGCAAAGUAGUACUCUUUGUAUUUCUCUUUGUACCACUAUGAACUACUGCAUGCAGGAGAUGUACAAUGUCCACCAUACCACAGGUAGUAAUUUCCUGGUGCAGCCAAUAGACUACUGCAUGCACACAGAGGAGAGCCAGGGUUACAACAGUUGUGAUGCGCAGGUUCUACAAAAUAAUGCAUAUAUGGAGCAGGCCUGGGUAACGAAUCAGCCUUAUAUCUGUAGUUACCCAGGAAACGUGUUUAAAGGUGAGCUCUGUAAUAUGGACAUGGCCUUGAAUCAUUAUAACCAGUCAGAGUAUUUCACAGAUGGAAAAGCUGAUUUUUCUCAAGUUCAGUGGACGGCAGGGUCACCAAAAAAAGGGUACAUACCAAGUUAUUUGGAUAAGGAUGAGUUGUGUGUUGUGUGUGGUGACAAAGCCACUGGGUAUCACUAUCGCUGUAUCACCUGUGAAGGCUGCAAGGGAUUUUUCCGGAGAACCAUCCAGAAAAACCUCCAUCCAUCUUAUGCCUGCAAAUACGAGGGGAAAUGUAUAAUAGAUAAAGUCACAAGAAACCAGUGCCAGGAAUGCCGUUUCAAAAAAUGCAUUGCAGUUGGCAUGGCAACAGACUUGGUUUUGGAUGACGGCAAGCGGUUAGCAAAGCGAAAGCUGAUAGAGGAAAACCGGGAGCGGAAGCGCCGUGAUGAGAUGCAGAAGACCGUUUGGAGCAAGCCUGAUCCCAGCCAGGGAGAGUGGGAGCUGAUCCGAGUGGUGACAGAAGCACACGUGACCACGAACGCACAAGGAAGCCACUGGAAACAGAAACGGAAAUUUCUGCCUGAGGACAUUGGACAGGCUCCAAUAGUGAAUGCGCCAGAAGGUAGCAAAGUGGACAUAGAAGCCUUCAGUCAGUUUACAAAAAUCAUCACACCCGCAAUCACACGGGUGGUGGACUUUGCCAAAAAGCUGCCUAUGUUCUGCGAGCUGCCAUGUGAAGACCAGAUAAUCCUUCUGAAAGGCUGCUGUAUGGAAAUCAUGUCCCUCCGAGCAGCCGUGCGCUACGACCCAGAGAGUGAGACAUUAACACUCAAUGGGGAGAUGGCUGUGACCAGGGGGCAGCUGAAAAAUGGGGGCCUUGGAGUAGUGUCGGAUGCUAUCUUUGAUCUAGGUGUGUCGCUCUCUUCUUUUAACCUGGACGAUUCAGAGGUUGCUUUGCUUCAGGCUGUAAUUCUGAUGUCUUCAGAUCGUCCUGGUCUUGCAAGUGUAGAGAGAAUUGAAAAAUGCCAAGAACAGUUUCUUCUGGCAUUUGAGCACUACAUAAACUAUCGCAAACACAACGUCUCUCACUUCUGGCCCAAACUCUUGAUGAAGGUGACAGACCUGCGCAUGAUCGGAGCGUGCCAUGCCAGCAGGUUCCUGCACAUGAAGGUGGAGUGUCCUACGGAACUCUUCCCUCCACUCUUUCUGGAAGUGUUCGAGGACUGAGAACAAGUGGAAUAUAAAGAAAUAAAAGUCUGCUUUUCGGUAACCGUUCUGAACUGCUUUUAGCACUACUGAAUGUUAUUUCUUUCCAUAGUGUAGGAUAGUUUCUGUCAAGACAUGGAUGAAAACAUUCCUUCAAUGCGGGUACAUGUGAAUAUAGAGUUUCUCUUGUAGAGUAUAUGUUGCUAAGUAAUUGUGAUUUUUUUUUUUUUGUUUUUGUUUUGUGUAGUAUGUUCAGAAGAAACUGAAAAUUAAAAAUUGUUAGCAUGUGGUUUGUGAAUUACCAGAACGUACCCACAAAUUAUGCAGAUGUAUUUAAGAAGGCAAUCUGCCCUAUGAUUCCACGUCCAUUCAACCAGUACCCACCCCCAAAAUCCUUUUCUGUUUGCACAAACACAGACAAAAAAAAAAAAAAAAACUAAUACUAUUUUUCUGAAUACACAUACUAAGUGUCUACCAAAAAAAAGCCAUAUUUCCCAACAGACAAUGCGCAGCUAUAGUGGUAACAUCAUCUUGUCUUGUCAGUGUACAUACACACCUGACAACAAUCCGGACUGGCAAUUUAGUGCCCGCAGCAAUACUAAACCCUGAAACGUAUUUGUUUUUAACAUAAGUAGUGAAGUAUUUUCUCUUCUCUGACUUUAGAAAGCAGUUUGUUAAUCGUUUUCUUUAAAACUGUAGACAACUGUUUGAAUCAACUAUGGAAUGGAAGGUAGCAUGUAUUUUACUUAUUGCUAGAGUACAGAAAUCUAAUACUUUAUGGUGCCAAAUAAGGGAGAGUGAAUAUUUCAGCUCCUAAAAACAUUUAUGCACACUGGCCCAGGUGGUGUGCUGUGACCUGUUUUAUUGAAAAGGUCUCAUUGCUUGUUUAAUCAGCUAGGAUGUAACAGAAGAAUACGCAGUUCAGUUUAUUAUUGCUCAUGUAUACUAGUGUGGCUGCUGAUCACUACUUGCCAGAUAACCUUGUUGCAGUAGAGUGUUAAUAUUCAUGUUUAGGAACUCUAAAUUCCAUGUGUCAUAUUUUUCUAAAUGUAUAAGUCAUAAUGGAUUUAUUAAGGCAGUGCUUCUGCCAAUGCUGGGUUUAUUUAUUUUUUAAAUGGCUAAACAUAUUCUACUAUUAUUCAAGAUCGUUUGUUCUGAGAAUUUUAACCAGCAAAGCACGGCUAUAGUAAGGACGUACUAUAAUGUACCUUGGCUUAACAAAGCACUCUGUAGCUACAUUUUUAUAUCAAAGAUGUAGCCUUUUUUUGUCCAGCAAAAUCAAAAUUAUCCUAUGCAUUUUAUUAUAUCACAUUUAGGGAGGGAGAGAGGGAGGGGCCUGUAAGGUACAGACUGUUUUGUAACAAGUUUGAGAUUGAUAAGGGGGGUGUUUUCUGGCGGCUGACUAAAGUCGAUUUCUUUAGCUCACUGAGUGCAGCUGCUGUUUGCAACCCCCAAGGUCUGCAGACAUGAUGGCUGCUAUUGUAAUAUUACCCUGUUCUAAGAAUGAAAAAAUGGUUAGACUGGCAUGGAUUUUCACCAUCUCAGUUUAUAUUUAUUCCUAAAAGCUGCUUUUGAUUUAUGUUUAAUUGAAGGUGGCUUUUAUAACACUAGAACAACAUUGAGAAUGUUUUGUUCACUGGCAACUGCACACAAAUGUUUUAAUGCACAGACAAUCAGACAGUAAAUCUAAGAGAUGAGUCACAUUGUUAAAUGUAACCUUAAAAUGUAAUAUAUAUUUAUAUAGCAAAUGUAAAAAAAAAUAAUAAGAAAAAAAUAUUUAGGUAUCAGUGAUGUAAUGCAUGUGUUGAAUUGUUGAUCAAAAAAUGUUGUAUAUUUUGGAUUUAAAAAAAAAAAAAAUGUUUAAAAGGACAAUGUGGGUAUUAGCUUUUAAAGCAUUGAGUUACUCAAAAUAUUAAAAAUGCACCAUGAAAAAGCUAUUUUACAAUAUUGAGGAUAAAGGUUUGUAUAUUUUCCAAAGCAGAAGUUAUUUUCUACAGAUAUUUUAUGCAUAUAAUGGGCUCUUCGAUGAGACAAAUACAAUCUUUUCAUGAGUUUUUAGUAUAUGAACAUUAUACAGAUCAGAUACGUGUUCAUUGUAAAUUCAUCAGUAUUUGUUUCCAAUCUUUUUUAGCAUUCCAAAAAAAAAAAAGGUAUUGUACAAGGCUAUGAAAUAUUGUUGGUUUUCAAACUAAAAAACAACCAAUUUGACAGUUGUGAGGCUUGUCAGGAUUAAAACUAAUAAAGUUGGGAUACAUUGUGUAACAACAAAAAGUUAAACCAUCGCAUGAGAGGAUAAUCUGAGAUAAACUCUUUAAGUGGCUCUACCACCUCCUUACAGAAACCCCUAGAUUUUUCCAGCCAUAAAACUGAGAUCCAGUUUAGCAAAGCAGCAAUCCUAAUAUUUGAGUGUAAAAUUAUAAGCGCUCAUCGUUUUGUACUAAAUAAAAUUAUUUGUUGCACAGGCCUGUUGGUUUACAUUAAUGUUAGUUGUGACGCAUUGGGGUUGAACAGUUAAGUAUAAACCUGCACUAUUAAGAAUUCUUUGUUUGCACUUAAAUGUAAAUUGGCUGUGAAAAUAAAGAUGGAUUGGAAAACUUUA